AUAUACAUUGAGCGCUGAAUACAGACUGGUAGCUGUAAUUAUGUAGCUCAAUGAUAUGAUGAUAUCAUGGGAUAUCAUGGUAUUCUGAUAGAGAUGGGGUAUGGGGCAAGGCGAAAAGGUGACGUCAUCUUUCUCAAUUCACUCACUUCACUACAAUCGACGCCCAUGGUGAUGGGCUAUCACUGUCAAGCUUUUACCAACACUGUACCACUAUCUGAACACCUCUUACAAUGCCGUCACUAUCCAUACGCGUUGCAAGCAUGGCAAGAGAGAGUAAAUAAAUUGCAAUAGAUACAUGGUCUAAUGAGCUGUAUAAAUAUAAAGGACAAACAUUUUUGUUAAUAUCAUCUUUCUCUCUCUCUGAUAUACAUUCCUAUCUAUUCUAGUAUUCAAAGAGGGACUGUGGUGAAAGAGGGACAGGACUAAAUUUGGGGUGGUCAUUACUGUAAACAUUCAGAAUAUAUACUUGAGAGGAAGACAUGGCUUCAUCGAACAUCCACGUUCUUCUACCUGGUGGUAAAAAGUUUCCUUUGUUAGGAUUAGGAACGUGGCAGAUCAAACCAGAGGAGGUGCGUGGUGCUGUCGAAACGGCGAUCGACUGCGGAUAUCGUCAUAUUGACGAAGCUUCAUUGUACGGCAACGAGAAGGGUGUCGGUGACGCCAUCAAAGCGAAGAUCGAUGACGGAACCAUUAAGAGAGAAGACAUCUUCGUAACCUCAAAGUUAUGGGUCACAUGCAGUCAUCCGAGUAAGAUUGAAGAAAGCUGCCUUCAAUCUCUGAAAGAUCUAGGUCUUGACUAUCUCGAUCUCUUCCUCGUUCACUUUCCAACAUCAGCUGUGAGCGGCAAAGGACCACUUCCCCUGGACGAUAAUGGAUUGUUGAUCGAAGACGAUACUAUCGAUUAUGUCGAUACCUGGAGGGUCAUGGAAUCUCUGGUUGAUAAGGGGCUUGUACAAACCAUUGGGGUAUCAAACUUCACCCAGUCUCAGAUCCAGCGCGUUCUCGACCUUCCACCGAAGCAUCCGAUCGCUAAUCUACAGAUUGAAAGUCAUCCCUUCUUGGCUCAGGUAGAGCUAAUUGAGUUCUGCAGGAAGCAUGGUAUUUCAGUGACCGCCUACAGUCCGUUAGGUUCACCCAAUAGGGUCUUUCAAGAAAGAGCUUCCACUGAUCCAGUCUUAAUGGAAGACCCCACCGUCCGCGAUAUCGCUAAGAAAAGGGGCGUAUCUCCAGCGCAGGUACUAAUUAGGUACCAGCUUCAAAGGGGCGUGGCCGUCGUCCCAAAGAGCGUCACGCCAUCGAGAAUCAAACAGAAUUUCGAUGCUCAAAGCUUCCAGCUGACGGAGGAAAAUUGCCAAGUCCUGGCCAAUCUGAACAAGAACUACAGACUCAUGAAUUUCAUACCGAUGAAGAAGAUGAAGUACUAUCCAUUCGGUGGUCAAAACUAGAGGACUUUAGAAAUAGUCAUUACUUGAUAAGAUUCGACGAAAGAUGGAUAAUAAAGGGAUACUCCAGGCUGAAAAUAAUUAUAUCUUAAUCAUGUUAAUAUACAGAGUAAAAUUUACCAAACAAAAUGCUGAAUAUUCAUCAAAAUCUGACAACAAUUAAGUUACUGAAUUUUAAAGCUUAGUACUAUUUUGUGAAAACAAUUAUAUGCACGUCAUCGUGAAUAUUCAUUAGGUGUGCUGAAGAUGUCAUGCCCCACUUUCUCUUUUCUUCCGUUAUUACAUGAUAUGAUCAUUAUGUCAUAUUUCCAUACAUGUUUGUAUGGUACGUCUCCCUAUAGGCUUACAAUGAAACAAGUUUCAGCAAUGAAUAGCUAAUGCAUUGAAUCCGUUGUUGAUCCAUACAUGUUUUUUUAUUGUCGGAGGAAAAUAUUGAAUCAACAUAAUUUCGUAUACUACAAUACAAAAAAGUGGGGAUAUAACAUGAUGAAUUUGAUCAUUGUGGGUCCUGAGUGGAAUAUAAAAGACAGAUCAAUUAAGAUUAAUCAUUGGAGAGUUAACCCAUUUACUAUCCAGUCUGUAAAUAGUAUGUGUGAAGGGUUCUGUUAUCUCUUUACACUUUACACAAAUGAUGAAGGAACGAUUCUUCCAGAUGAUGUUUAGGCUACAAAAAAAAAUGAAAUAGUAAAGUUUAUACUUGCAUGGCGAAUAUCCUUGACACUUUUAAACAACGUAACUUAUAAUAAAUUUCCAGUGUAUACUAUACCUAGGGCUAGAUUAUACCUACAAAGUUAUAGAUAUUACUUACAUAAUUGUUUGAAAAUAAUAGGAAUGGAAAUAUGCUUACAAGUUCGUAUUUACUAUUUACCUAAUAACAUUUAGUCGAUGUCUGUUUUGUAAUAGGUUACUUUUGAGCGUGUAAAGGUGUGCUUGUGGGGUGCAUGGGGGAAGGGUUCUCAGUAUUGAUAAGGGCACGGUAUUCGCUUCUGACAUUAAAAUCCAGAGGAUAAUAAAUGAAACAAGGAAAUAGACUUAUAGAGACAGUACAGGUUGGUUGAUUUGGUUAGAUUUAUUAGUUUCAUAUUGAAAAAUUGUAGUAAAAGUUGAAUAAACAAAGUUGUAUGGUAUAUUAUUGAUGAUAUA